AUGUCGAUGAUUGGUGGAGGUAGCACUGGAGGUGGAAGCUCUGUUCGUUCCCCAUCUAGCUGGAAUCGGAGUAGAACGCAAACGAAGAGCAGAAGAUCGGCGCCGCCAGAAUGGUGCGGCUGUGGCUGUAGGCCAGUUCUCAGAUGGUCUGGCACAGAUUCGAAUCCGAACAAACCGUUCUAUGGCUGCCCCAAUUAUAAUACAAGUGGGAAGAGAUGGUGCGGGCUUUUUGUGUGGGCAGAUUCUGUGAAUGAGGAACAGGUUGAAAAGUCAGAAUCGUGUGGUGAUGAAGUGAAGAUCAACGUUGAUUGGAGGCUUCGAAGGUUGGAGGAGGAUGUCCAGAUGCAAAAAGUGAUGACCCAGUUGUUAGUGUUAGGUGUGUGUGUAUUGACAGUGUUGUUGGUGAUCCUGUAUUGUAAAUGAUGAAUGAAUUGGUGGUUUUGGGUUCCUUGUUAUC